UCACUGAUUGAAGUAAACCAAUUCCAAUGGAACAACGAUUCAAGACCGAUCCACCUAGCAGACACAACUUCCAGGUCAGCAUCCGAAGGCUCAAGUCGAGUGGUUCGCGGAUAGGAAGCACAACGGUUACACCGGAGUCCUCGAGAACAAGUCUUGAUACUAAAUGGAGAUUUGGGCAUCGGUCACCUUCGAUGGUACCACCAAGUCGCAGUUGGUCUACGGGUCGAGGAGAUCUCUUUGACAUGCUAAAUCCGACAGAAAGAGAAAGGUUCAUUGCCAGGAACAAUUCGGGUAGUCACAACGGACUGGUGAGGUUAUCAUCAGUCAACCGGGCAAUGCACGCCAACGAUGCAAAAAAACAACUGAAGUGUGGUAGCAUACAAGGUCCUGGUAGUUCUGAAAGUUCGGGUGAAGAAGGUUUUCGCCAAAAAUGCAAGGAGCUAGAGGUAGACUGCGGUAAUCUCAUACAUGUCAUACCAAGUAGAUGCAAUAACGAACUAUCUAAGGUACAAGAGAAACAAAAUCAGCUCCAAAAUUUCGGAAAUGAAGGUAGAAUGCCAAGCUGGAGAAAGCAAACUAUGCAAAAUAAGCAGAAAAGGGAGAAGGUUGCGAAGGAUUCAUUUCUUGAAGUGUAUUCAAAUAGGAAAAAUGAUUUUUCCGCGAACGACAUGAAAAACACCACUCCUCAAACCCCCUCGCCGGGAAUGAGUCCCCAAACUCAAGCAAGAAACACUGAGCCUGAGAACAAUUUCAGCAACUGUCGGUGGAACGGCCUCUACACAUCCGCCAACUCCAGUCAACACCAGCGGUCGAAACCAACUUUCACAAUACCACUAAAUUCAAAUAAAAACAUAAACAACCAACCACCGCCAACAACCAUGCGAGGUAACCGCCAAUCCGCGGAAGAGGUCGACACCAGUUCCAUUCGGAGGAGAACCGGAACUGAGCAAGCCACUAUGCAGCGGUCGAGACAAAGAGCGAGCUUAGUACCCAUCGGCUCCAGAUGUCCGUUAGAUGGUCGUGAGUCGUCGAACGGAAGAAUUGCAGUAGCGAACGUGACAUCGGUGUUCAAUGAAUGUGCAGCUGCUAUGAAGAAGAAAUCGGUAGCUCAAACAGAUCCAGAUAUUAAAUUUACAACAUCCAAAACAAGUCUACAGCAGUUGGAAAAGUCGAUGAACGGAGUGUUAUCGCCAUCUUUUUCUACAAGGUGUAUCACAGUCGAACAGACGCACCGGACGGAUAGCAGGAAGGAUAAGGAUGACGAGGAGAAUCACCCGAAAAAAGAGACAAGUGUCAUGAGACUGUUGGAUUCACAACAAAGCACAGAAACCGGAAGCAGAAGUAAAGUGACAUCGAGCAGAAUUCACUCACCAAAUCAGCAAGCUGCGCUGGAUAAGCUAUGUGCUUCGUCGGUAUCCCCCAGGAGAUGCAAUCUGGCGUUAGGCAUCCGCAUAAUGGGAAGAAAUGCCCAGACGCUCAUGUCAUCGCUGAAAGGCGUGCUGGAGAGUAAAGGAAUUUAUUACACCCACGUGAACCCAUAUCGGAUGCAGUGCACAGCCACGAUACCGCAAGGUGGUUCGAACAAAAUCGCAGGAACUGUGAAGUGGGAAUCUGAAAUCGUUCAGCUACCAAGGCUCAGGACAUAUGGAGUCCGAUUUAAAUACACAGCUGGUGACAAUUCCCAUUACAGAUAUUUUGAAAAAAUGAUUACCGAGCAAUUUCCAAGGGCUGAUGAUUGA